CACAGUGGGCGGAGCAACGCCCUGUAAGGGCCGGGGGGUUGACGGGGCUGGACUGACCUCUGACAUGACCCUGCCACAGGAGAAGUGAGCCAACACGUACUGUAGGCCCGCUAUCCGCUCAACUUAAGUUUACAGGUACUGAUUCUGGCAACAGUGAAGACGUUCUGCUGAGAGACAAUGGGGAGCUGUAACCGGGAGAAAGUUCAGUGUGCAGAGAUGGCUAUGGUAUGCCUCACAGACUAUGAGGAGUAUGCGAAGGCUAAUCUCUCAAAGGCCACAUGGGAUUAUUAUGCAGCCGGCGCAGAUGAGUGCUGCACCAGGGAUGACAAUCUACUGGCUUACAAAAGGAUCCGUCUGCGGCCUCGUAUCCUUCGGGACGUGUCAAUGAGUGACACCCGCACCACAGUUCUGGGGACAGAAAUCAGCUCUCCUGUUGGGAUCGCUCCCACGGCCUUUCACUGCCUGGCCUGGCAUGAAGGAGAGGUGGCCACAGCUCGGGCCGCCGAGUCCCUCAACACCUGCUACAUCACCAGCACGUACUCCACCUGCUCUGUGGAGGAGAUCGCUGCAGCAGCGCCCAACGGUUACCGCUGGUUCCAGCUCUACGUGUACCGGGACAGGAAGCUGUCGGAGCAGAUCGUGCAGCGAGUGGAGGCGCUGGGCUACAAGGCCCUGGUCCUCACCGUCGACGUGCCCUACACGGGGAAGCGCCGCAAUGACAUCCGCAACCAGUUCAAGCUGCCGCCGCACCUCAAGGUCAAGAACUUUGAUGGCGUAUUCCUGGUAACGCAGGAGACCAGCGACCCGGAGCAGUACGGGAUACCGGCCAACACCUUGGACCCGUCUAUCAGCUGGAAGGACAUCUACUGGCUGCAGUCCAUCACACGCCUCCCCAUUAUCAUCAAGGGCAUCCUGACCAAGGAGGAUGCGGAGCUGGCCGUGGAGCACGGCGUGCAGGGCAUCGUCGUGUCCAACCAUGGGGGCAGACAGCUCGACGGGGGCCCGGCCUCGAUUGACGCCCUGGCGGAGAUCGUGGACACGGUGCGGGGCAGAAUCGAGGUGUAUGUGGAUGGAGGCAUCAGAACAGGAAGUGAUGUGCUGAAGGCUCUGGCCCUGGGAGCCAAGUCCGUGUUCAUUGGCCGCCCAGUCGUGUGGGGCCUUGCACACAAGGGAGAGGAAGGAGUGAGGGACGUGCUCCAGAUCUUAAACGAUGAGUUCCGUCUGUCCAUGACUUUAUCAGGUUGCAGGAAUAUAGCUGAAAUCAACAGGAACCUCAUUCAGUUCUCCAAACUGUGACGUGCCAGCAGAGGGCAGCGCUGAGGACGACGACGGCACCAAUUUAACUGGACUUGCUACCAAACUCAAACUGCUGGUGUUAAACUUGAUCCUGAGAUUUUACUAUGGUGAAAGAAUCAGUGUUUACUUCAGGGGCAGGAAAUCACGGGAUGUGCCAGCCACUUUCACACUGUACGAGGGACAGGAUGAUGUAAGAAAGCUGAGGGCUGGCUGCAGAUUUAGGAAGUAAUGAGUAAAGUGUUGAUUUUUUUCUUGUCAUUUAAGGAAAAUGGAUCAAAACAUCUAAUCAUGAUUCCUUUCAGUUUUUUAAUAAUAAAUACAACUGGUUAUGCUAAUCUGCACUAUGUUUUAAAGCGGUGCUUGUUGAAUAAAUGCCUGUUCAGGUGACAGAA